UAUGCAUAUAUGUGUUCAUAGGGCAGUAAAGCUUGUCUCGCAUAAUUGAAGCUCUCUCACUUUAGUAGCGUUGGACAAUGGCUAAGCUCAUAACUCUUAUGCUGCUCCUUACUUUGAUUUCCAUCUCCAUCUUCACCACCACGGCAAAAAAAUACGGCCCCGGUAGCUUGAAGAGAUUCGAAUGCCCGUCGGAAUGUUCUAGAAGGUGCAAGAAAACGCGGUACAAGAAGCCGUGCCUAAUUUUCUGCAACAAGUGCUGCAACAAAUGCUUGUGUGUUCCUCCUGGCUUCUAUGGCAACAAGAUAGGCUGCCCUUGCUACGAUAACUGGAAAACCAAGAGAGGAGGGCCAAAAUGCCCCUGAAAAAUAAAUAAAUAAAUAAAUUAUUUAUAUAUAUCUUCACUUAGUUAAUUGUCAUUUUGUAUCGUCUUCGAUUAAAUUAAAAUUGUCAUUGUUUGAUGAUGAUGAUGAUCCUCCUACAAGAUUAAUUGGGACUUUUAUUAUGUGCCCUAAUGAGACUUGCAAUGGCCAUGUUCAUGGUCUUUGCUUAUUCUAUAGAUUAAUAUGUAUACAUUGAAAGGUAUGUAAUGUUGGGACUGGUGAUGGAUAAUAUUUUGUUAAGAGUAUUGUGAGCCUUUAAAUUUGU